AAUCAGCUGUUAAAUGUCAUUUAAUAUUAGUCCUAUUCCACUACUACGAACUUGCUAAUAAAAAUAUUUGUUGUGAAAUUUUUAGUAAAUUUAAAUUGUUGACCAAAACAGAACUUAAAAAUGGCUAGCUCAGUCAUUUUAGCAGGUCUUGGAGUAGCAGCCGUAGGCUUCGCAGGAAAGCACUUAAUGCGCCGAAUGCCUGCAAUGAGUGUUAAAAUUAAUGAAGCUAUCAAAAAUCUACCCAAAUUCGAUGCCGAAUCAUUGGCCAAUUCAAAAUACUACAAAGGUGGAUUUGAUCCAAAGAUGAACAAACGAGAAGCCUCUUUAAUACUUGGAGUUAGUCCAACAGCAUCAAAAGGAAAGGUAAAAGAUGCGCAUAAAAAAAUCAUGCUUUUGAAUCAUCCCGAUCGAGGAGGUUCCCCCUAUUUGGCUGCUAAAAUAAAUGAAGCAAAAGAUUUGUUAGAUAAUAGUAAAUGAGUAUGAAGCAUAAAAAUUCAGUACACACAUGGUUUUGUGCUGAGAGUAGUUCCUCCACCAAAACUUUAUUUUGAAUUAAAGAACAAAACAAAAAAGCAGUUUUGUUUGUACAUAAAUAGAUUACUAGAAGUGUUUUUAAGGAGUUGUUUGGUUUGUCAGUUAAUGAAUCGAAUGUUUAAAAAAAAAAUAAUAAAAAAAAC